AAGAAAAAGAAAGAUACGAAAAAGAAGAAGAAAAAGAAGAAUACAGAAAAGAAAAAAAAGAAGAAUACAGAAAAGAAGAAAAAGAAAGAUAUGAAAAAGAAGAAAAAGAAAGAUACGGAAAUGAAGAAAAGAAAUAA